AUGGAACAACCCGCAGUGAAUACGGCAAACAUGGCCCCCACGGCAAACACGGAAAACUUGUCCAACGCACCGAAUAGCGUCCCGUACACCUUCGAGCACUCCAGAAACCUGGGCAACAAAAUCCUCAAGCCCAUACGCCAGGAAAAAAUUGUGAGGGUGCCCGUGACCCAGUACGUGGAAAAAAUCAUAGAGAAGGAAGAAAUCAAAUUCGUUAACAAAUAUGUGGAUGUCAUCAAACCAAUAAUAACCUACAAGACGAAGCACAUUUCUAAGCCAAUCUAUUUAGACAAAAUUAGGUAUGAGCCCAAGAUGAUAGAGAAGGAGAAAAUUAUACACAUCCCCAAAAUAGAGUACAGAAAUAAAAUUGUAGUAAUACCUGUGUACCUUCAUAAGGAAAAUAUCAUAGAAAAAAAAGUCCCCCUAAUAAUUGAGCGAGUUCUUCCUGUCCUGAAGGUGAAAAAAAUAGAAAAGGAGGUAUUCACAGAUGUGGUCGAAAUCCCUUCAAUCUGCGAAAUGGCCAAAGGGGAGAGAAACAUAAAUAGUAGUACCAAACAUGAAUAUAUAGACAGCGUGAUGAUCCCUCAUAUUGCAACAGGAAACUCCGACAGAAAUAACUUUUACGCAGUAGGAGAAGCGAACGAAAGCCAGGAUAUGUACAAUAAGGAAACGUAUAGAAAUGUAGAGUCUCAAAAUGAUAUUUCUUCUUCCCCUGCUGUAUAUUGUCCAGUGAAAAUGUCCCCGUCCAUUGAGGUGCAGAAGGAUAAAGGAAGCCAUGGGAGAAGUCACUCUGUUGUUAGUGGCGAAUCGGAUGAAGACUCUUGUGGGGGCAAACUGGAGCAUAAAAAUGAAACCAUGUAUAAUGACGCCACGAAUGAGGAGGGUGAGGAAGCUGACAACUACGUGUACGCCGCGGGAAAUGUGGGAGGAACGUCUAACGAGGACUAUUUAGCCAAUGCGCAGGUCAUAAACAGCUCUCAAGGCGUACGCUACGGUGAAUCAAUCUCGAGGGAACACGCCCAACGUACAGUGCAAACCGGGCAGUACGGCGAAAACGAUAUGUACAAAAAGUCGAACAUAUCGCAUGUGAGCAUACACCUGCCUACAACGAAGGAGGAGCUGCGUGAGGUUCUCCAGUGCAAUUCUGUCAACGCAGGGGAGGGCAGUUACGGCGUCACUUUGAACCAGGCAACGGAAGAUAGGAGCAGUUACGGCAGAUACAACGAGUACGACAUGAACCAAAUGAUGAGCAAGCAGCUAAUCAGAGAAUCCUUUAACCCCUCCAGACGACACAUGUCCAAGUCAGUGGACGGAAACCUGGGCCAAGGGAACUAUUACUCAGAUGUGAAGGACCGCAUAGAAUCCCAGCACCAUAACCUUUCUGUCCCAUCUAACAUACACCUCUAUAAGGAAAACUACAACUUAGCUCAGAACAUGAGCAGAAAUGAGUCCGGAAAAACUCGAUCGAAUUUUAUGCCCUCCUAUGCGAACAGCAACGGCCAGGCAAUUGUAUCCGUGCGCCCUGCCACCAUUUUGGAACACGUCCCUAAGUUGAGGAAGCCCAAGUCGCGCUUCUGCAGCUUCUUAAACAAGUGCUGCGGCGACGAGUGA